AUGACGAGCACAUUUUUCUAUGAUGAUGAAAUGCUGCUUCUAAAACAAGAUAAUGAUGUCAGUGAAGGAAUGUUGCUUCAACAACAAGAUAAUGUUCAGCCUAUAAGUGUGGAUACCACUCAUUUAUGGUCGACCGAUCAGAUAUUUGAGACUGUUGAUGACCUUAAACAAUGGGCUAAGAAUGUUGGGAAGGACAAUGGAUAUGCGAUUGUGACUGGAAGGUCUGAUUAUUCCAGAAAAGGUGGAAAUAUGUAUAUUGUUCUGCGGUGCUCGAAGCAUGGUGUGUAUAUCCCGUACAAGGACCCUAAGUCUUUCAAGUACAACUCCACCGGAUCACAAAAAUGUAAUUGUCCUUUUAAACUUAAAGGACGACCUACGGAGGGUGAUAGAAAUUGGUGGCUGAAAGUGUUGGAAGGGGUACACAACCAUGAACCAGCUAGAUCUUUGGUUGGCCAUUCCUAUGCUGGUCGACUAACAGAAGAAGAGAAGGUUCAAGUCGACAACAUGAAUAACAAUUGGGUCCCACCGAGACACAUGUUGGCCACUUUGAAGGAAAAUAAUCCGGGUAACUUGUCUACCAUCACUCAAGUGUAUAAUCGCAUCAAAAAAGUUAAAGAACUAGACCGCGGGCCACUUACAGAGAUGCAAUAUUUGCCGAAGAAGUUGGCAGAAGCCAACUAUGUUCACUUUGAAAGACAUGAAGAAGAUUCGGGUGUCAUUAUGGAACUUUUCUGGGCUCAUCCUAAUGCUAUUAAACUCUUCAACACAUUCCCUCACGUGGUAAUCAUGGAUUGCACAUACAAGACAAACAAAUUUCAAAUUCCAUUGCUUGAAAUGGUUGGCCUCACUUCUACUGGUCUGACUUACUCCAUUGCAUUUUGCUACAUGACUCGUGAGCGCACACCUGACUAUGUUUGGGCCUUGGAGUGCAUGAAAUCUCUACUUGCUGACCCUGCCCGAUUACCUGGAGUGAUUGUGACUGAUAGGGAAUUGGCUUUACUCAGUGCUGUUCGGAAUAUUUUUCCUGAGGCUACCCAUUUACUAUGCCUAUUUCACAUAAACAAGAAUGUUGAGGCAAAGUGCAAAUUGUGGGUUGACACAACGGAUUUUAAAGCCUUAGUGAUGCAAAAGUGGAAUGAAGUGGUAUAUGCGGAAACAGCUACACAAUUUGAGGAGGAAUGGAGCGACAUGUGUGAUAUGUGUAAGGAUCAUCCAAGGUUCACAUCGUACAUUUAUGACACUUGGUUGGUUCACAAGGAGAAAUUUGUGAAGGCAUGGACAAACAGAGUGAAGCAUUUUGGAACGACAACAAGUAAUAGGGCUGAAAGUGCACAUGCAAGCUUGAAGAAGAUGCUUAGGAACGGCAAGGGUAACCUGUGCGAUUCAUGGGAAGCAAUUGAUAGGUUGACCAUUGUACGCCACAAUGCAAUACAAGCAUCGUUUGAGCGCAGUAUUAACAUUGUAGAGCACCGUUUCAAGUCUCCAAUGUAUAAGAAUAUGAGAGGAUUCGUUGCUAAACAUGCACUUCACCUAAUGUAUGAUGAACAAAACAGGUUUUGGGGUCAUGGUGAGAAAUGCGGUUGCGUGAUGAAAGUCACUCAUGGACUACCUUGCGCUUGUGCACUUCAGAGUAUGGCCUCAAUUCCGUAUGCAGCAAUUGAUCCAUUCUGGAAGAUACUUUCUUGGGAACAAGUGCCUGUUGUGGAGAGUCAAACCUCAAACAGUGGAUGCAUGCCGCUAGAGAUUGAGGCUUUGUGGGCUCAUUUCAAUACCUUGGAUGAUGCGGGCCAAAGUAUGCUGAGAAGGAAACUUAAAGAGCUUUAUUGUCCUCAAAUCAGUUCAUUGUGUCCUCCUGAAGUGAAGAUAAAGCACAAUCAAUCGUCCAAGGAGAGGAAAACCAAACCUCCCAGAGGUCAAUCAAUAGGAUCCACCCAGCGUGACCUUUCACAUUGGGAACUUGUUGACAAUCAGACCAAAGAACAAGAAGCGAAAGCUAGCAAGAGGAAACCUAGGCUCACCAAAACUCCUAAAACAACUCCAACAUCGCAAGCUCCUAAGUCAAAGAACAAGAAGGCUAUGACGGCCACCGGCUCCAAAAUCUACUUACCGGAGUUGCCAUCUUUUUUAUGGCCAUAUAUACAUGAAGUGAUAGAUGUUGUCGGGGAUGGUAAUUGUGGAUACAGAGCCGUCGCUGCAUUGCUGGACCUUCAGAACGGUCAGGACGGUUGGCCUCGGGUUAGGGAAGAGCUGAUUGUAGAACUCACACUCUAUGAGAAACACUAUACACGCAUGUGGGGUUAUGAUGUGGUACAAGCCAUGCACAAUCGUCUCACUCUCCCUCCUGAUGGUAGGGCCACUAAAGCCAAAUGGAUGCAUCUACCGGAGAUGGGGUACCUUAUUGCUAACCGGUUUCGGGUGGUUUUCAUCUCCAUCUCGUUAAAAUCUAGUUACACUUACCUUCCGAUGAGAGGAGGCGCCCCACCGUUAGAACAUCCUGUCAUAGCUAUUGGUCAUGUGACCAAUCACUUUGUACAGCUGAAGUUGGUGUCUGGACAUCCUAUGCCGCCAAUUGCUCCCCAAUGGGAAUACAACGUUGAAGAACCCGAGUCCGAAUGGUGUAAACCGUAUAAAGAGCGUUUGGAUAGAUUUAUGGCUGAACACACUGUUUGGAUUGGUCCUCGUGUUAUUACAAACUUUGAUUUAACAGACAUAACAGAAGAUUGA